UUACGUUGUCCUUUUUAUCUCAUUAAGUCAUGUAUUGUUGACUAGAAGACAGCACGUUUACGUUAAUAGCAUUAACAUUUAAAAAGAAAAGGCUUAAAGGGCCUUAGUUGCACACAUUAAGAUGUUCACCUAGCCUAGCUACGUGGUUGUGUCUGUACUCUGCCACUGACGAUUCAUUGUCUUUUAAAAACUGUAGCAUCAUUGUUCUUUAGUUAAAACUAGGGAUGAACCGAGUCCCAUUUUAACAUCACUUUCAGCUAAUACCCAUCCUCUUUAGAGUGGUGCAGGAAUGAGUCCUGAAACGGGGAGACUCAGGAAGACAAACUCAUCAGAACAGGCUAACAGAGAAAGGUGAAUCUGGUGAGAUGUCUUCCUCAACCAACCCUUCUGUCCUCCUAAAUACGGGGGUUCAUAUACCCCUCUUGGGUUUGGGGACCUACAAGUUGACAGCUCCUGAAGAUGUCCACCGGGCCGUGGAUGCAGCACUGGUUGCAGGUUAUCGCUCCUUUGACAGCGCAGCUGUGUACCGUAAUGAAGCUGACUUGGGCCAAGCCCUAAAGGAGCUCCUGCCUAAAUACGGCUUAACCAGAGAGGAUGUUUUCAUAACCAGUAAGCUAGGCCCCAAGGAUCAAGGUGAGAAAGCCUCGGAGGGAGCCCUUCACAGCCUUUCUCAGCUGGAUUUGGGUUACAUUGACCUCUACCUGAUCCACUGGCCUGGCACACAGGGGAUGGAUGUGACUGACCAACGCAACCCAGGCAACAGAGCUCAGAGUUGGGCCACACUGGAGGAGCUGCACGCCCAGGGGAAGCUGAAGGCUAUCGGAGUAUCAAACUACACACCAGCACACAUGAAGGAGCUGAUGGAGAGCUGCAAAACUCCUCCUGCUGUGCUACAGGUAGAGUUUCACCCACAGCUGUGCCAGACAGAGCUAAGAAAAGUGUGUGAGGAGUAUGGAGUAUGUUUCCAAUCCUACUCUUCCUUAGGGAAAGGAGAGCUCAUCAGUCACCCAGUAGUCGUGGAGGUGGCAAAGAACUGUGGACGCACACCUGCACAGGUGCUCUUGCGCUGGGCUGUUCAGCAGGACGUCCCAGUGCUCCCCAAGUCAUCGAAUCCUGACAGAAUAAAAGACAAUGCCAAGAUUUUUGACUUUGCACUGAGUGACUCAGAUAUGGACAGACUUGCAGCUCUGGACUGUGGGCACAAGUACUGCUGGGAUGCAUCACAAGUGGUUUGACAGACCCCUACUGUCACAGACUGUCCUCUUUGAACGUGGCUGCUCUUCAGACCUGUCAAACAGGAAUGCCAUUGUGAGAAAACACUAACGAACAAAGUGGGUGUUCAGAUAGAGCUACAUCUGUAAAUCAAGUUUGUCUGCAUUGCCAGAACAUUUCACAGAACAAAUGAACCUCGCUACUGUUGAGUUGAUUCAGGUAGAAGUUACUCUCACCAUGUAUUAAUCAUAUGAGGUCUCAGUUUCCGAACUGAUUAAAAGUCUGUGAUUAAAAAACUUUCACUAAU